AUGUUCCCGAUACAGAAGGGCUCCCUGAACCUCCUGAGGCAGAAGUGGGAAUCCAGUGAGUACCACAAAAGUGAGUGUUGCCCUGGGGGUAGUCGUUGCAGGCUCUUGCAGCCUCGAGAGAGCAAAUUGCUUGACCCCAAAUUAGAGGCGGUGUCAGCACCUGGACCUCCGGACCCCCCUGGCAUGCCCCUCGGUGUAGGAGAGGAGAUGUUGAACUCAGAGCCUGAGGACAAGAGUGACACCUCCAGGGAAUAUUGCCCGCCUGAAGUGCUAAAGGAGGAUUCCUUGAUGGGUCGGCGCAGGAUUGAGCGCUUCUCCAUUGCCCUUGAUGAGCUGAGAAGUGUGUUUGAGGCCCCCAGGAGUGGAAACAGACCAGCUAGGCCAGCGGAGUAUUGCCAAAAGGACUUGGAAAUUGAGAGAAGUUUACGUUCACCAAAAUUUAAGAGUCACCCUGGGAGCCCGUCCGAUGAUUCUCCGAAUGAUUCAGACAAGAAAGGUGAGGAAACAGCUUUUGACAAGAUGUCACCUGAAAGUGGUCACAGCCACAUCCUGGAAGUGACUGUUGGCCCUAAUAAGCCUGCGAGUGGAUUUGCAGAAGACAGUGCUGCACAGAGCGAGGGCGUGUCAGACCUCCAGGAGGUGGUGUCCUUGAAGGAGCGAAUGGCGAGGUACCAGGCAGCUGUUUCCAGGGGUGACUGCCGCAGCUUCUCUGCCAAUAUGAUAGAGGAAUCUGAAAUGUGCACUGUGCCUGGUGGUUUGGCGAGAGUGAAGAAACAAUUUGAGAAGGACAAAAUUGCUUCUUCUUGUAACACCUUGUCUCAGUACCAAUACCAGCACCAGAACAGAUCUGAGCAGGAGAUAAUCCACAGCAGCCAAGGGGACAUUUCAAGAAGCAGCCAGGAAAUGGAAAGAAAUGAACAAGCAGCCUCCAAAGCACACAAAAGUGACGUUCUUGGAACAGAAAUGAUCUCCCAUCUUGAAAAGCACACUGAGGAAAUAAACCAAGCUUCUCAGUUCCAUCAAUAUGUUCAAGAAACAGUCAUUGAUACACCGGAGGAUGAAGAGAUUCCAAAGGUUUCAACUAAGUUCUUAAAAGAGCAGUUUGAAAGGUCUGCCCAGGAAAAGGUCCUUUAUUCUGACAAAGAGAUGACCCCAGCCAAGCAGAUUAAGAUCGAAAGUGAAUAUGAAGAGAGUUUAAAACCAUCAUCAAUUGUGGGUACCUCUUCUACUUCUUGCACUUCGACCAGCCAGAGGAAGGAGACAUCAACUGUAAAACAUAGUGCCCACAAUGCCACUUCCUCAACUCUAGCACAAGUUAAUGCUACUCCUAUGGGAAAGACAGAAGAAUUUCCUCCACCCCCACCUGAAAUAUUUCAAACUCCAAUAGAUGCGACAGCAUUUUCCCAGUCCCCUGAAUUCCCCAACCCUCCUAGAACACCACCAGUACCCAAAGAAUUAUAUUCUAAGCAAAGAAAUUUGUACGAAUUAAACCGUUUAUAUAAACACAUCCAUCCUGAGUUAAGAAAAAACUUAGAAAAACAUUAUAUCAGUGAGGUUUCUGAAAUUGUCUCUAGUCAAGUGAACCCAGGGAGCUCAGCUUUAGCUGAUGUGCAACAAGCCCGGUAUGUUUUUGAAAAUACGAAUGAUAGUUCUCAAAAAGCUCUGAACUCAGAAAGAGAACACUUGGAGUGGGAUGAAAUUCUGAAGGGGGAGGUGCAGUCCAUGAGAUGGAUCUUUGAGAAUCAGCCAUUAGAUUCCAUCAACAAUGGCUCUCCAGAUGAAGAUAACAUCAACAAGGGCAUUGCUGAUCAAGAAAUCAUUGCUGGUGGUGAUGUGAAAUAUACCACAUGGAUGUUUGAAACCCAACCCAUAGAUACACUGGGUGAUCAUUCUUCUGGCACGGAAGAAAGUGCUGAGAAAAUUCCUGAACUAGCCAGAGGAGAUGUCCGCACAGCACGGUGGAUGUUUGAAACAAAGCCAUUAGACUCAAUGAAUAAAAUGCAUCAAAGUCAAGAAGAAUCCAUGGUAACUACCAUAAAGGACGUAACUGGUGGGGAUGUCAAGACUGUGAGAUAUAUGUUUGAAACUCAACAUCUGGAUCGGCUUGGACAGCUUCAUUCAGUGGAUGAAGUUCACCUACUGCAACUCAGGUCUGAACUCAAAGAAAUUAAAGGAAAUGUGAAGAGAAGUAUAAAAUGUUUUGAAACUCAACCAUUAUAUGUUAUUAGAGAUGGCUUAGGUCAAAUGCUAGAAAUUAAAACUGUUCACAGAGAAGAUGUUGAAAAGGGAGAUGUGAGAACAGCACGCUGGAUGUUUGAAACACAGCCCUUGGACACAAUUAACAAGGAUAUCACAGAAAUUAAAGUUGUCCGAGGAAUAUCUAUGGAAGAAAAUAUCAAAGGUGGGGUGAAUAGGGCAAAGUGGUUAUUUGAAACCCAACCUUUAGAGAAAAUCAAAGAAGACUCAGAAGAGGUCAUCAUUGAAAAGGAGACAAUAAUAGGUACAGAUGUCUCCAGAAAGUGUUGGAUGUUUGAAACACAGCCAUUAGACAUUCUAAAAGAAGUUUCUGAUGAAGAUCCUCUAAGAUCUGAAGAGAUAAUAGGGGGUGAUGUACAAACUACUAAGCAUCUAUUUGAAACACUUCCAAUAGAGGCUUUAAAAGAUAGCCCUGAUGUAGGAAAACUUCAAAAAAUCACUGCCUCUGAAGAAGAAAAGGGGGAUGUUAGACACCAAAAAUGGAUUUUUGAAACCCAGCCUCUGGAAGACAUUAGAGAAGAUAAAAAAGAGUACAUACGAACAGUGAAACUUGAAGAAGUUGACAGAGGAGAUGUAAAGAAUUACACACAUAUCUUUGAAUCAAGCAAUUUAAUUACAUUUGAUGCAUCACAUAAAAUAGAGGUGGAAGGAGUCACAAGAGGUGCUGUAGAGUUAAAUAAAUCACUCUUUGAAACAACACCACUAUACGCCAUUCAGGAUCACCUUGGAAAAUAUCAUCAAGUAAAAACAGUUCAACAAGAAGAAAUCCUAAGAGGUGAUGUACGAAGUUGUAGGUGGCUCUUUGAAACAAGGCCCAUUGACCAGUUCGAUGAAAGCAUUCAUAAAUUCCAGAUAAUUAGAGGAAUAUCUGCUCAAGAAAUACAGGCUGGAAAUGUGAAGUCUGCUAAAUGGCUAUUUGAAACUCAACCUCUUGAUUCGAUUAAAUAUUUUAGUAAUAUGGAAGAGGAAGAAAGUAAAACUGAACAAGCUACAGAUAUUGUUAAAGGGGAUGUCAAAACGUGUAGGUGGCUUUUUGAAACCCAACCAAUGGAGUCUCUUUAUGAAAAAGUUUCAUUAAUGACUGACAGUGAAGAAAUUCAUAAAGGAGAUGUCAAAGCCUGUACUUGGCUCUUUGAAACUAAGCCACUUGAUACCAUAAAAGAUGACGCUGAAGCAACAGUCAAAUUGCAAACUGUAAAACAGGAGGAGAUCCAAGGUGGGGAUGUUCGUACAGCAUGUUUCCUUUUUGAGACAGAGAAUUUGGACAGCAUACAAGGAGAAGAAGGAAAAGAAAUCAAGGCCAUGGAAAUGGAUAUCCAAGCUGGGGAUGUCUCCAGCAUGAGGCAUAAAUUUGAAAAUCAGUCCUUAGAUUCUAUAAGUUCCAGUUCAGAGGAAGUUUUGAAAAAGAUCAAAGCCCUAAAGACUGAAGAUAUUCAGAAAGGCAAUGUUUUAAAUUGUAGGUGGCUUUUUGAAAACCAGCCAAUUGAUAGGAUAAAAGAGAGCCAAGAAGGUGAUGAAUUAGUUAAGACAGUGACAGACAUACAAGGUGGGGAUGUAAGGAAGGGGUGUUUUAUUUUUGAGACUUUUUCUUUGGAUGAGAUUAAAGAAGAAUCUGACUGUAUCAGCACCAAGAAAACAACUACUGAAGAAGUAAUGAAGGGUGACGUAAAAAGCUACAGAAUGCUCUUUGAAACCCAGCCACUCUAUGCAAUUCAAGACCGAGAAGGGCAUUAUCAUGAAGUGACAACAGUUAAAAAGGAAGAGGUGAUUCAUGGAGAUGUACGAGGAACGAGGUGGCUGUUUGAAACAAAACCAUUAGACUCAAUUAACCAGUCAGAGACUGUGUAUGUUAUCAAAUCUGUCACACAAGAAGACAUUCAGAAGGGAGAUGUUAGUUCUGUCAGAUACAGAUUUGAAACUCAGCCAUUGGAUCAGAUUUCAGAAGAAUCACGUAAUACCGUGUCCACUGUAGACUAUAUUCAAGGUGGAGAUGUAAAAACGAGUAAACAAUUAUUUGAAUCUGAAAAUUUUGAUAAGAAUACAUACAUAAGAACGGUAAGCGUCAAUGAAAUACAAAAGGGCAAUGUUAAAACAUCUACUUGGCUAUUUGAAACACACACUAUAGAUGAACUGAGAGGAGAAGCGUCAGAAUAUGAAAAUAUCAAAACAGUCACCCUAGAAGAUAUACAGAAAGGUGAUGUUAAGCAGGCAGUAUGGCUUUUUGAAAAUCAAACUUUGGAUUCUAUUAAUGAAGUAGAUGAAAGCACCACAAAAAUCAUCAGGGAAGAAAUCCCUCCUUCUGAUGUCAAAACAACUACAUGGCUCUUUGAAACUACACCCCUUCAUGAAUUUAAUGAAAAUAGGGUAGAGAAGGUAGAAAUUAUUGGCAAGAGCAUUAAAGAAACAUUGCAAGAACUCUAUUCUCAAAAAGUUAUUGAGGCUCCUGGAAUCAUCAUUGAAGCCAAUGAAGUAGGGGAUGUUCGAAUGGCAAAAUACAGGCUAAUGAAUCAAGCAUCUCCUGAAGUACAGAAAGAAGAAAUUAUUAGGGUUGAUCUCAGAAAUAUAAUGGUGAACCUACUUUCCAAAAGAGACUGUAUAAGAAGAGAGAUUUCGGUUAGUGAAGAAGAGAAGGGAAAUGUUAAUUUGACCAAAACUCAAUUAUUAAACAGAUCAACAGAAUUUCAUGCUGAAAAAGAAGAAAUAGUGAGUGGUGAUGUACAACAAGCAAUAAAAAACCUGUUCUCUGAGGAAAGAUCUGUAAAGAAAGGCAUUUUAAUUCAAGAAGAUGAAAGAGGAGAUAUUAACAUGACUAUCUAUUGUCUUCUUCAUGAAAACACUGGUGACACAAUUGAGCGUGAAGAAGUAAUAGGGGGUGAUGUGAAACGUUCCAUUCAUAAUUUGCUGUCUUCCAUAUCAAGCAAUAAAAUAUCUGAAAGGGCUAAAAUUGAUGCCUCUGAGAGGGGAAAUGUUCAGUUUUUUACAACAUGCAUAGAAACUGGAGCUUUGGAUUAUCUUAAGCAACUUCAGACAGGGUCAAAUGAAACAUUAACAUCUGGGAAACGAGAGAGGGAGGAAGAAAUAAUUGGUGGUGAUGUGGAGGGCACGAAACUGUUACUGAAGAAAAGGCAGUCUCGGGUCGAACGUACUGUUAAUGAAGCCGACAUCAUCCCAGGACAUGUGCAUAAUACAGUUAAGGUUUUUAUGACAGAGCCUCAGACUACAUUUUGCAGGACACCCAAAGAAGAAAUUAUAAAAGGUGACUUGAAAUCAACCCUAAAUUCCCUCAGCCAGGCCAUGAAUCCGAAAACAGUGGCUAAAACAGAAGAAAUUAUAAAAGGUGACAUGCUGUCCACACUCAAGUCACUUAAGGAAUCAAGCCACCAAUGGAAAGAAUCUAAACAACCCAAUGCCAUCCCUGGUGAUAUUGAGAAAGCCAUUGAAUGCCUUGAAAAGACUGCAAACACAAGAACAGAAAUCCUGAAAAAGGAGCUUAUCCGAGAUGACCUUCAAAUGUCAUUAAGGAAUCUGAAAGAAGCACAGAGAGCUUUUAAAGAGGUGGAUAAAAAAAGUGUAAUGAAAGAAGAUGUGAAGGAGGUGAUGGUAGGUUCCUCAGAAGAGCAGAAAACAAAGAUUCAUCAGGUGGCUGAGCAGAGGGACAAAAAAGGUCUUCUUCAGCCAAGACCAGGACCGUUUGAGCCAGCAGCCAGGUGGCAAGGGGGAGCAGAUGCUCCCAAUCAAACUACAGGCAAAUCUUGUUAUGGGAAUUUGAUAGAAGAAAGAACUGAAGUUAAUCUUCCAAAAGCCCCCAAAGGCACCAUAAAGAUUGUCAUAGAUCGUGAACAAAACAACGAUGCUCUUGAGAAAAACCUUAGAAGACUAUCUAAUUCACACCACAAAGCUAGUAAAAAUGUGUUGGAAUCAGGGGACAAAAUGGGUAUCUGGAUGGAUACCACAGCAGAGCAGCAUUUUAGUGAUGAACAGAUGACCAGACAAUUGACUUCAACUGUGUCAGCCAAGGAACAUCUAAAAACUAAGGAAUCAGAGACAGUGAGAGAACAGAAGAAGGAUGCAGUCUUUAACUCUACCCAAUCUAUUGGUAAAACAAUUGGAAGCCAACAGACUCAAACGUGUGAACUGAGGAAUGACAACCAGAAGACUGAGUCUUUCUCUGUAAAGAUUCCAAAACAUACCAAACACACUAAAACAUCAACAGAUAGACAAAGCCCAAAGCCCAGUCCAACCCAGGGUGUAGUCAACAAGACAGUUGUGGAAACUUGUGAAGUUUCAGAGGACUUUCAGAAGCAAACUUCACUAGAGCAAGAAAUACAAUGUUCUAGGAAAGAUAUAAGGAAAAAGAACAUGAACCCUCAACCAAUUUUGCCUAUAGAUCAAGACAUAUCAAAUACAACAGAAGUAAAAGUCUCCCCAAAAAGCUACAGUAAAUUUAAGGCAAUUGACAAAAAGCAGGCUGAUGUUCAUCUGAAGAGCCAGGACUUUCUAAUGAGGACAAAUACUUCCACAGACUUAAAAAUGGCAAUGGAAAUGUCCUUUAAUUCAAUCAAUGUUAACCCUGAAAACAAUGCAAAAGAAAGUGAGUGUUCUCUUCCACCUCCUUCUCCACCUCCUCCACCACCUUCCAACACAUCAUCUGAAAUUGAAUUUCCUCUUCCUCCUCCACCUCCUUUAAUGAUGUUGCCUGAAAAAAAUGUUUUUCCUCCCUCAUUGCCCACAGAGAUGAUAAAGGCUGAAUUUGAAAGUUUCCCAGGCCUCCCUCUUCCUCCACCACCAGAAGAUGAGAAAUUUGAAUGUCUAUCAAUGUUUCCACCGCCUCCCCCUCCUCCUCUUAAACCAUCGCAUCUCCUUCCCUCCUCUGUUCAAGAAAAGCGCAGUGGAGCAUUUGUACAGUAUUCCAAGGAAGAAGCCUCAAGUUCUCAGCAAACUCAUUCUCAGGCAAAAGUCCUAACUGGAAAAUCAGGGGUAAUUUUGCCACCUCCCACAUUCCCUAAACCCAAAUUUUCCAAACAGAUCGAAGAUAAAAAGAAUCACGGUUCUCCAAGAGUUGGAAUGGAAAAUUCCCUGCCAGAUGUGGAAUGCAAAACUACUCCCUCAAAAGAUCAGAAAAAUGUAGUAAUGGUGACUAGCACUGAACACACAGAGUUGAAGCAGAAUGUAUCCAGAAGUCUUGAUGAAAGAAAACAAUUAUCUAUGGACUCUAAAAGGUUUCUCUCACAGACAGUUCCAGAAAUUUCACUACCCAAGGAAAAAACAAUAGCGCCUCUUGUAAAAUCUCAUUCAUUCUCAGCAGGCUCAGGACAACAAAGUCCAAAACCUUAUAUGAGAAAAUUUAAGACACCUUUAAUGAUUGCUGAAGAAAAGUAUAGACAACAAAGAGAAGAGCUUGAAAAACAGAAGCAUGAGAGUUCUUGCUACAAGAUAGUCAAAACGGAAAGCCCAAAUCAAAACAUGUCAGAGCCGAAAAAGGAAGUGUUGUUACAAAAAACAAAUGAGGUGGUUCCCCUACCUGGAAUGGAUUCUCAAAGUCAUUCUCAAGUACUAGGAGUGGGUACUGAUAACCAGCUUUCCACAACACCAGGAGUGACCGUUGCUGCUGAAGGGCACCAACCUGUUUUCCCAGCCUCAGAAGACAAAGAUACCAUGGAAAAGGAAGUUAUACAGAGUUCGAGGGACACACUACAGUCUAUAUCAGCUUGUGAAAUUAAACAGAGUCACCAGGAAUUUAAGAUACAAGAAGCACAGCAGAAGUAUGUGGAGGAGCAGCUGCAUUUGUCCCAAAGAAAACCAGUUUCCCCAAGUUUCAAAGUUAAAAGUAUCCAGCUUCCAACUCCAGAUCACAAAUUAAAGGAAACAGACCACAUCUAUGAAAGCCAUAAAAAGCAAUCUGAAGUUGAUGUUCAAACCAUUAGCAAACAACAGUACCAGAAAUCUGAGAGAACUGAAGCAAGCACUGAAUAUAGUAAUAAGCAAUCUGUAGCUGAAAAAUAUUGUCAAUUACCUAAGAAGGAGAAAAGAGUAACAAUAAAAUUGCCAACAGAACCCGUAGGGAAAAGCCAUGAAAGUAAACUCAAUAUAGUUCAUGAGAAGCAAAGAGAAUAUAGAGACUCUGAGAGUGGGAAACUUCCAGGAAGCGAAAGAACAAAUCAGGAACCAUCACUGACUGGUCCAAAGGAAGAGAGACCAACAGUUGAAAGAAAGCAAGAACGUUUGAAUAAAUCAGCACAGAAGGUAGUCAAGCAAAAGGUUACUGAUGUAUAUCUUGAUUCACAGACACAGAAUUUUCAGCAAACACAAACACAGACUUCUGAAAGUCAAGUUGAACAUAAAAAAUUGCCCGAGCCAUAUAAUAAUCUGCAGGAAGAAAAAUGUCUUGGACUCAAGGGCAUACAACAGAAACAAGUCUUUUCUAAUACUAAAGAUUCAAAGCAAGAGAUUACACAGAACAAAUCUUUAUUUUCCUCUGUGAAAGAAUCCCAGCAGGAUGAUGGAAAAUGUGCUAUAAAUAUAUUGGAAUUCUUGAGAAAACGUGAAGAACUACAACAGAUUUUGUCUAGGGUAAAGCAGUUUGAAGUGGAGCCAGAUAAAAAUGGCCCUAAAAUAUUUCAGACACUGUUAAAUAUUAUUCCAGUAUGGCUGUUAAGUGAAGAAAAAAGACAGUAUGGAGUUUGCAUUGCUAUGGAAAAUAACAUAGAAAAAAUCAAAGAAGAAAUAACGCAUAUUAAAACUCAAGCAGAGGAUAUGCUUAUGUCCUGUGAGAAUACAAUUCAAACAGCCAUGAUGAUAUCCUCCAAAGCAGGAAACCAGCGGAAUAAACCUACCAGCCUUAACGAAACAUUAUCUAAAAUAUCUAGUGCUAGUGACCAGCAAGAAAAUACCAUUGUAGAAAAAACAGAGCACCAUCAAGUAGCAACUCACCAUGAAGCAACUGCUCACAAUCACGUGAAAACUCAUCAUGAAAUUAAAUUAGAUAAUAGCAAGAUCUCUCCUCCAUCCUUAAAAACACGCCCACCGUCACCAACUUUUAUAACAAUCGAGUCUACUGCCCGGCGAACAGAAACCUCUACUAAGGAUGAGCUCUCUCAGUCCCCUAAAAAGGACAGUUUUGCUGAACCAUCACCAAGAAGUCCCGUGGCACAAACGUCUAGAGUCGGCAGAGCAGAUGCGUCCCCUCCUCCACCCAGGAGUCGCUCUGAGCAGCUUGUCAAACUCAAAGACACCACUGCAAAGCUGUCCAGAGGGGGCGUCGCGUGCACAUCAGGAACUCCGGUUCCGAUUGUAGAGAAAAGGUCUGAGAUCAUUGCAUCCCCUGCAACACUUCGUCGUCAAAUUAAGAUAGAAACCCGUGGUAGGGACUCUCCACCCACAAUCACAAUACCUAUAAGUGUAAACCACGUAGAUAGUGGUUCCUUCAGAGGAUCCACGGAAGCUCAAGAGGAAGUUAGGCAAGUGGAGAAAAGAGAGACUUACAUUCACAAAGACACUGGGAAUUCCGCGCAGCGCCUCCUGCCGGACACUGAAAGUUUUGAUGCGGUGGAAAUCAUCCGCAAGGUCGAAGGGCCCCGCGGCUCAGAGCACAGGCAAAGGUAUGAAGCCGCCAACCAAACUGUUCAAAUGGCUGAAAAUUUCAUGAGUGACCAUGAAAAUGAAAUAAACAGAUGGUUCAGGGAAUUUGAAGAUGGGCCAGCUUUUGAAGCAAAGUCAAAUAGAAGAGUUUAUACCAAUGGAGAAAUAAACCAUAAUAUUAAACAAGAAAGUCGUUCGUUUUGUAAGGAGGAAUUUGGAUUAACAUCUCUAGAAAAUACAAGUUUUACAGGCUUUUCUUGCAAUCGUCCUAGAGAGCUGCAAGAAAAAAUCCCUGUCAGACAGCCCAGCGUCCGCUCUGAAACAAGGACUGUAAGUGAACAUUUCUCAGGUGUGGAUGCUUUUGAGAGUCAAGUUGUUGGGUCAAAGAUGACUGUCUCUUCAUCACAUGGCUCAGAAGCUGGCAAAUCUGGCUUUGACUUCAAGCAUGCGCCACCAACCUAUGAAGAUGUCAUCGCUGGCCAUAUAUUAGAUAUUUCUGAUUCACCUAAAGAACUCAGGAGGAAUUUUCAAAAGGCAUGGCAGGAGAGUGAAAGCAUUUUCCAAAGCCUGGGUUGUGCGACCUCCGAUGCGUCUGCCACUGAGAUGAGAACCACCUUCCAAGAGGAAUCUGCAUUUAUCAGUGAAGCUGCCUCUCCAAGACAAGGCAAUAUGUACACUUUGUCAAAAGACCGUUUAUCCAAUGGAGUGCCUAGUAGCGGACAAGCAGAGUUUUCAUAAAUCCUGCUUCCGAUGCCACCACUGCAACAGCAAACUGAGUUUGGGAAAUUAUGCAUCACUUCAUGGACAAAUAUAUUGUAAGCCUCACUUUAACCAAC